UAUGAGUUAAUAGGAUGAAACAGAAUAAUAAAAAGAAGAUUUAAACAUCUAGAAUGAUAAUGAGAAUGAUGAUUAAACAGGCAUUUAGUAAAAUUAAUCUCUUAAUGAUGGGACCAUACAAGACAAUUCCAGAAUAGAAGCACCUAUUGUUGAAUUGAAGAACUAAAAUGAAGAAGAAAAUUAGGAAUAAGCUUAGAUACAAAAAGAAGCUUCAAAUGUAGCAACACCAACAAGAACUUCUUAGCAUGAAGCAUCUCCAGUUGUAUAAAGAGAUUAAAUUUAAUCUCCAGAAAAAGAUAGAUAAUCAUAAGAUGGAACAGAUUUAAAACAAGAAGAAUAAAUUGAUAAAACAGAUGAAUAGAAUAAUUAAGAAGAAAUAACUGAAUAAUAAAUAAAUUAAUAAGACAAUUAAGAAGAAGGUGAUUAAAAAUAAUCAGAAAAGGAUUAAAAUGAAUAAAAUGAUUAAAAUGAGAAAAAUGAGAUAGAGGAAUUUAAAAAAUCUUUUCAUUCAUAAUAAUAAUCAUAAAAAUCAAACAAAUCAACAUUAUCUGAAAAAAUAACUUUUUUACAAUCAGCAUUAUAAAUGAAAGAUGAAUUAAUAUCAACUAUGUAAGAUGAAAUUGCAGUUUUGAAAUAAGCUUAAAUAGAUAAAUAGGAACAUCUAGAAACAAUGGAAAAAAAACAUGAAGAAAAAUUAGAUAAAUUAUUAAAAAAAGUUGAAGAACUAGAAAAACUUCUAAAAGAAAAAGAAAAUGAUAUUGAAUAAUAUCGUAAUGGAAAUCAGACAUUACAUCUUUAAGAUUUAUCUGUUAUUUCAGUAUAAAAAAAUGAUAAUUUAAAAUCAAAUGUAAAUGAAAAGAAAGAUGUUACUAUUUUUGAAGUUCUUAAUGAAAAAUAAACAACUGCUGAUUUAUCAGAACUUGGAAAUAAUUUUUGGUUAAUAUCUGCAGAAAGGAAAAUUUAAAAAAACAAUCCUUUAUAUAAAGAUUAUUUCCCAAAAGAUCCUGAACCUGAUUAACCUAAAAAUAAAAUUGUUAUUAAUCAUCCUACUAAAAAAUAUGAUAAAUCUUAUUGGUUUAAAUAUGUUGAAGUUAAAAAGCCUCCUAGAUAUAAUCACAACAUUUAAUUACCAAAAUUACCAGAAAUUAAUCAUUAAUAUUAAUAAAAUGAUCCUAAAAUAUUGUCUAAAUAAUUUUAGUAAUAAUAAGAAAUGUAACAAUAAAUAAUUUAAUCUAUUUAAUAAUAAGCACCUCUUGGUUUUUCUUAAACUACAUAAAAUAAGGUAAAUCCUGUAUAAUAAUCUAUUCCUUUUAGCCAAAAAUUAUUAGCAAAUAACCAAAGAAAUGGUAGCUAAUAAUAAAAGUAAAUUAUUGUUUAAAAUUAGUAAUAAUUUAAUCAAAAAUAAAAUGUAUGCAUCAUAACCUACUAUUUUAAAGGCACAAUAAGUAUCAUUUGAUCAAGAAGAUUUUUUGGCUGAUUAAGAAAUUGAAUAAAUGUUUGCAUAGUAGUCUCCACCAAAAAAAUAAAAAAUUGAUUGGGAUUCUUAACCUAUGAAUAAUUACAUGAUUGUUUAACAUACAAAUUCAUCUUAAGUAAUAGAAUAACAAGAAAAGUUUCCCAUAUUGUCCCAAAAACUCUCAUAUGUUAAUCAAUACUCUCACAAAAAAGAAAUGUAUUUAAAUAUAGUUUAAUUAAUAGCUCAAGAUUAAAUGAAUCAUAAAAUUAAAAUAGAACUAAGUUAUCGAAGUAUUAUUGA